AUGGCCAGUAUGCGAGUGCUUCCGCCAGAGGCUUUGUUUCUGAAACGGGGCUUAUUCGGUGCAAUACGUUCCAUUUGCCCGGUGACGCCUCCACUAAGGAUAUCUUAUGGCGAUGAGACCAUCAAACCAAACCCAGAUCAUCGUGGUUAUCGUUGGAGACGACUCCUCGUGAGACCGGUUCUUCUUGCUUGA